GUUCUCAUUGUCUUCAUCACAGUUUUCCUCUUAGGCUUUCUCCUUAUUGGGUGCAUGGAUACCCCAAAUACCUUCUCUGACGUCUACCUUGUUGAAUUAAGGUUUAAUGAAAGCGCUCCAUUGGACUCGAAUAUCGAACGGGCACACAAAACCCUCAACAAAACUUCUGAUUUAUCUUCCUUGAGAAUAAGCACCAGCUAUUUGGCUAUGUGCGUGGAGAUAGGAGGAACUACCACAUGCGCUAGCUCGUUCAACACCUCCAGCUUUGCUGGGGUGUCUGUCCAGAAUACCAAAUCAGAGGCUAAUAUUGAUUUGCUACAAGUUGCACGAGUUUUUUCUUCCAACUGUCAUCCUAGGUUAUUGCUUGCAGUCUUGGGAUUGACUGUAAUUCUAUUUUUUGUUAUGAUCUGGGCAGUAGUCCCAUUCAUUCCUGGUAAAAUCUGGGCCAAAAGAAUUAGCUGUGGCUUACUGGGACUAGAUACUUUACUAUGGGGGUUGGGUGCCAUGCUACAGCACGAAGCAGUGACUAGUGCUAAAAAAUUCAUUACUGCUUCUUCUGCCUAUCUGAUCCAAAUUAAAUUAGGCACCAGAGCAGAAGCAAUCUCUUGGACUUCUUUUUCAUUUUUACUACUAACUUGCAUUGGCACUUGUGCUUUGUAUGCAAGGGACAUGCUAGUAGCCAAA